GAUGAAAAAAGUAUACUGUUGAAAUUAUAAAAUUUUAAAUGAAGUAAUGUUUUUACAUAAAAAAAAAUAGUAAUUUUCUAUAGUGUUCGAAAAUUCUCAAAAUUUAUUAAAAUUAAUAUGAUCUGACUAUGGUCAAAUCUCUACCUCAAAGUCAAGCAAAAAAAUAUGAUUUGGGCCAAAAUUAUUAAAAGCCCACCCUAAUCCAAAUUUCGAGACGUUCUAACUUGUAAAUUACGAAUUCCUUUUUCCCAGAUCGAGCUUCAUCUUCUUACUUCUCCCUCUAAAGAAAACCUUUAAGCAGCUCUAUCGAUGACAUCAACGCAACAAAAACGAUGAAGAAACCUCAUUUCUUGAAGAAUCCAGUGUUUUUCCUAUUUCUACUCAUCACUGUUUCUUCCCUAACUAUACUCAUCUUCUCCUUUCUCAAAUUACCGGAAACACCUCUCGCCGCCGGUAACCAUCUCCGCAAACUCCGUUACGAGCUCACCGAUGAACUCGGUUUAUUCGGGAAGAUGAUGAUCGAAAUGCUACCAGAAGAUCUGGUUUUCACUGCCUUCGUACCGUCGGAAAAAUCAUUCAGCCGAGAUCUAGGGCUGAAAUUAAACACUAGCCGUCCAAUUAAAUCCCACGAAGAAGACGACGACGGAGAUAACACAUACGCCGUCGUAUCGAGGAUCAUGAGUUUCGCGGUGGUUCCUUACAAAGUAGAAGAAGUAGACAUAGGGAACGACGAAACGGCGUCGUAUGAGUCGUUGAGUGGUUUCACACUUCAGAUUUGGAGAAAAAGAAAUGGUGGUGGAUUAGUCGUUAAUGGCGUUGAGACUGAGAAGAUGGGAUUAAAGAGAGGUAAAAUCAUCGUACAUAUAAUGAAUGGUGUUGUAAUGGAUUCUGAUUUCGCACAAUCUAUUGCUUCUUCUACUCCUAAAGACGAAGAUGAUGAUCCAUAGAGAAGAAGAAGAAGAAGAAGAUUAUUGUUUUGACUAAACAGAAAAUUAUUGACUUAAUCAUCCAAUCAGAAUCAGAGUUAAAUUGUUUUUCUACCAUAUUUUUGUUUUUUUACUUUUAAUCCCUCCACUAGCAAAACUCAAGUGGGACCCACAGAAUAGCCUAAGGCAGU